CUGAUAUCCUUCCCUCUUUUUGGACAGAAUCAUCCAAAUCUUGUUUCACUUCCUCCUCUUCCUGAAGGUGGGGAAGUCGAAGAAAGGACCGUUAUCUCUAAUGAUAACCAAGAGGCCUCCUCUUUUGUGAAUGAACCCGCAGAUUCUCGAAAAUCUGCGGGAUCUGCUGAAAAAGAUGCUGCUUCUGAAGACACUACAUCGGCCCAGUCUCCUCCUCCUGCUGAUUCUCCAAAGAACAAAAGGAAAAGGGGUGAUGUCGAAGAUUCCGGGACUUCUAAACCCGAAGAAGCUGCUCCUUUACCGCAAAAGGCAGCUUAUGACCCAUAUCUUGCGAGUAUCAUCAGUUCGUAAGUUCCCUCUUUUAUUUUUCUAUUCGAAGAAUUUUUGCUUGCCUUGCUUUUUACACUGCCACCCUUUUGCAAUAGUGAUGAUGACGAGGAAACGCCAGCUUUGGAUGUGGCUGCUCGAACGAGUAUGUCACAUACCCUAGUUAUUUCAGAGCCACGAGUUGAAGGAGAGGAAUCCUCGCCUCCUCAACAAAACAUCGGCGCUUCUACUCCUCCUUCGAGCCCCCGAGCCCCUUCACCGAAAAGGGCAAGGACGGAGAUUGUCUCGGAGCCUACUCUCCAAUUGAGUAGCUCUUCGAACCUUCUCAUGGAAGAUCCUGUGAUCAAGGAUCUUCUUCGCAUCGGUGCCCAAUUUGUUGGGUACCGUGAAUAUGCGAAUAAAGCUGAAGAAAAACUGGCGGAAGCCAAUGAUCGUGCCAAUACACUUGCUCAGCAAUUAGAGCAAAGUGAAAAGGCUCGCAAAAAGGCUGAGUCAGAUGCUAUUGAUGCACGAGCAGAGGCUGAUAAAGCCAAGGCUGACGCUGCUGGUGUCGAAGACCUUAGAAAGAGGCUUCACACCGCUGAAACUUCCCUGAGCGAUCACAUAGCCGCCCAAUCUGCUCGCGAGGAGGCGAUCCGUAAGCGUUUAACGACGCAGAGUCGCUGCUUCGUAGGUAAGUACCACUCAUUAUUCUCUUGUAUUUUCUUCUCUGCACUCGUUUGUUGCUCAAUUUUUCCUUUCUUGACAGCUAGAACAGCUCAAGAAUUUCAACUUGAUGAACCCGCCAAUGAUUCUCUUCUUGACGCCCUUUCACUCCUUGAAGUUCAUGGAUCAGAGGCACGCGGAGGCAUUGAUCAGGCUAAAGCGGGGUUGUCGCGGCUUUUUCCUUAUUUCUUCCCAAAGAAAGAGGAACCCGCAACUUUCCUUGACCUCGCCAAGUGUUUCAAUCCGUCUGAAGAUCUUGGGUUAAGGGUGCGCCAUGAGAAUAUGAAGAUUGCCGUGGAAAAUACUGUCGCCUUGGUUGCUGAUAGCCAACAAUCUAUCGACUGGUCGAAAGUUGGCGACACUGAUCAGAUAGAACAGUCAAGGUGGAGGUCUUUGAUCAAGGCAGCUAAGCCCAACACGAGGAAAAUCCUGGCUUAUAUCGGGAUCAAGCCAUCUUCGACUCCUAGCUCAUCAAAGCCGGAGGUCUAGUUGAAUGCCUCUGCUUUUUCUUUUUUAGCAUUCCUCUUUCUUUUGGCUUUGUCGCCGUAGUGUUAUUGGCGAGAACUAUUUCAGUAUCCCUCUAGAAGGUCCUUCUUUUGUAAUAGACAUGUAUAUAUUAUGGAGAUGAAUGAAAAUCUAUCUUUUGCUCAGUGAUUGAUGUCGAAAUAUUUCUUUUUCCAGUUAAUUUUUGACAAUUAUACGCCAGCUCCUGGUUCUUCCAAUAUUUUGCCUUCUCCCCCAAGGAGAACUCCUGCUGAUGCUUCGUCUGCCGAGGAUUCCUUGUCGCAAGAAUUAGACGAACUUCGA